UCUCCUACUGAACUUCAAAUUCACUGUUUUUACAAACAGAUAACACUCGUCAAUGAUUGAAACUGAUCAAUAAAAAAAACAAAUCAACACCAAUAAGAACCAGCUGAGAGAAACAUGAGAUCUGUGAUGCUUUGAAAGGAGAACUUUAUGAGAUAACCGAGAGCAGGAGGACAAGAUGAGACUUGCCGUAUGGGCGGAUCUUUGCUGUGGAUCUCCUCUCCGACCUCAUUGAGUUUCAGGAAGCACACCUGCAGUUGAGCUGUGAAACUUUAAUACGUUUUUCAUUUGGAUACUGACUGCAGAUAAGAGGGAUGACGCCUGUAAAGGGAAUAUUUGGGAUGUGUUUGCUGCUUCUCUGUGGAGAAUAUGUAAGCUCUGCCAUGACUGUAGACAUCCCACAGAAAGUAUAUAAGGUCGCCCGGGGUGAUGACGUAACAAUACCCUGCAAAUUCACACCUCCAGUGGGCGAUCCGAACAUCGUUGUGACAUGGUCUGCAGAUUCAGACCAGCCGGAUCAGCCUGAGAUGACCAUCACCACAUAUUUAUACACUAAAGGAACUCUAAAACUACCAACUGUAACCAAGGGAUAUAAAGGCAAGGCGACUCCGCAAUAUGAUAUCCAACAAGGAGUAGCAAACCUUCAGCUCAGAGGUGUCACCAGCACUGACACGAGGAUGUACGAGUGCAAAGUCCAGAAUACGGACGAUGAGGACGGCAGUCAGUCUGACACAGCGAGUCUUGUGGUUUUGGUGGCUCCAUCGACGCCCGACUGCAAGAUCGCUGGAGUGGCAGAAUACGGUCAGAACAUCAAUCUCACGUGUCUCUCUCAAGAGGGCACGCCAAAACCAACCUACAAAUGGGCGAGCCUCGAUGUCAACAACAUCCCUCGACCAAACCCACCCAAGACCACUGAACAGAACGGGAUUUUAUCACUCUACAACAUUUCUAAAGACACGUCUGGUUACUUCAUCUGCACGUCCACCAAUGAAAUCAGAUCAGCAAAGUGUAACAUCACCCUGGCUGUCAUGCUACCAUCCAUGAAUAUGGCCUCCACGUUUGGGAUACUCGGUGGCGUUGCGGCUGCCGUCAUCAUUUUGGGAAUCAUCAUCUUUUUCUGUUGCUGUCGGAAAAAGAACAAACCUGAAGAAUACGAAAUGGGAAAUCCUGAAGGCGGUGAGUACACGGACACGGAUCCUAAAGCUCGAGCAGAUAGUCCAAUCGCACCCGUCAAGUUCGAGGAAGAACCUCGUGUUCAAAAUGCGGACAGACGCGAUCUACCAGACGACCGCAGCGUGAAGAGCAACGAUCGCCGUAGCGAUUACGAUGACAGGAGAGAUCAGUACUCCGACAGACGAGAUGACAGAAGUGACCGCAGGGAGAGGUACGAAAGAGAUGACCGUUACGAUGAUCGUCGAGAUCGUUAUGAGGAUCGAAGCGAUCGUUAUGAAGACCGGCGAGAUCGCUACGAUGAUCGGCACGACCGCCGCGACGAUCGCGACGAUCGCCGGGAUCAGUACGAUAGUGAUCGCUACUCCGAUCGAUACGACAGUCGCGACAGACCUCCAAGCGUCCCACCAAGCAUCCCACCAAACAAACCCAGAGACCAAAGGAAUUUAGUUUAGCUGGAACCUGACCAAAUCAUUGCCAAAAACGCAUUCAGCUCUUGAGAAAAAUGGACAAAACUUGUUUUUUGCUAAAAUUUAUCAUUUAGGAUAUCAAAAAUCUACCAAAUAACAAACCACAUGAAACGCACACAAAAGCAAGCCUAUGUGUACUAAUAUUCUUGUAUUGAAGCAAUGAUGUGUUGCAAACAAUUCUCUCAGGUAGUAUUGCUUAUUUAGAGUUUUAAUUGACAGAUUCAGUGUUGCAUCCUUCAUUUAGGUCUAGUGGAAUUGAUUUGUCUUGAGCUAAUUUCUUCUAUUAUUUUAAUAUUAGUUUGUAUGCAUAUGUAGAGCACAGCGCCAUAUAUGUAUAGGUUACAAGAUUUGAGUUGAUUUCUUCAGUCUUAGCUUAAACCUCUACUUUGGUUAAAAGUAAUAAAGCAGAAUAUGCAUCAUAUCAAAUGUGCUAAAAGCUUUUCCCUGUAAUUUAUCAUAAUGACUGAAUGAAAUCAACUAAAGGUUUUAUUUUUAAUUGGAGUACAGUAUGCGGUUCUUGGUGCUCUUUUAUCACUGUAUGUGAAAGUGACUGUAUUGAUCUGUGCAUGUGAACAUACAGUAACUGUAUUGAUAUCUUAGUUUUUUGUUUUUUCUAUCGAUUGAUGUAUGCAUUUUAUUUUGCUCUUGUUUGUCAUUUUUUUUUUUUAAACCAUAUACAACUGCCAAUAAAUGAUGUUGCAGAAUUUUA